AUGUAAUAAAAAAUUAUAUCAAGACUUCAUGGCUAAGCAUAAAACUAUGCAUGGGGAAUGUUAUCAACCAAUCCAAAUUGUUUAGUAUACAAAUUAACACAAAAGACAUCAAAUGACAUAAAACCAUUUGCUGAAUUUUGGAUGGGAAGUCAUCCUUCAUUACCAUCUUUAUACGAGAAUGGUGAAAAAGUUAAUUUAGAUCUUCCAUAUCUAUUUAAAGUUUUAUCUGUAGAUCAAGUAAAAAUUUAUUUCCAAUAAGCCACUUUCUAUUCAAAUACAUCCUAAUAAAGAAUAAGCUAAGAUACUUCAUACAACAAAACCAAAUCUAUAUCCAGAUGAUAAUCAUAAACCAGAAAUGGCUAUUGCAUUAACAGUUUUUGAAGCAUUAGUAGGUUUUACUGAUUAAUAAACAAUAAUUCAGAAUAUUGAAAGAGUAAUUAACAUAACAAUUAUUUCUAGAAUCCUUAGAUUAUAGUUAAAAUUGGAGAUAAUUUGUGGAAUUAAUUUUUAGUUGCACAAAAUUAAUAAGCUUAGGAAAUUUUAAAAUAGAUAGUGUCAAUAUUUUUAUCAUUGACAUAAGAUGAAAUUAAGGUUAUCUUAGAUAAUUUUUAAUGGCCAAACAAAUGUAAUCCAAGUUUGUUUCCAGGAUAAAAAAUAGAAAAAUAUGAUGUUGGAUAUUUGUUUCUAUUGUUAAUGAAUCAUCUCAUAUUAUAACCUGGAUAAGCAGUAGUCUUAGAAGCAGGAUUAAUUCAUGCUUAUUUAAGAGGUAAUAUCAUUGAAACUAUGGCAAAUUCUGACAAUGUUGUUAGAUGUGGAUUUACUCCAAAAUAGAAAGAUGUGGAAACUAUGAAAGAGAUCUUAAUAUGUGAAAUGAAACAACCUGAUUAUGUUUAACCAAUUAUUGAAGAAUCAAAUGAAUAUAUUUAUAAAAGAUAUAUAACGAAGUAUUAAGAAUUUGCUUGUGUAUAAAUUUUAGAAUAUAAAAUAGGAUUGUUUGGAAUUGAAACCAUAAGUGUAAUCAAAAUAGUUUAAAUUAAAAUAAAAUACUAUUUUAUUAUGUCUAUAAGGAAAUGGAAAAAUCAUGAGUGAAUAAGGAAAUCAUGAACUUAGUUUUGGUUUGACUUACAUAAUAAAUUAAGAUAUUCAAGUACAAUUUGAAGUAGAUUAAUAUUUAUAAUUAUACUCCUGUUAUUCUUAAUGA